AUGCGCCUUUCCUUUUACUCGGUAUCCGCCUGUACCCUGGCAUCUGCUGUCAUUGCUUCAGCUUCAUCUUCGAUAUUUAAUGUCGCGAAUUUCGAAUCGAAUGACAUUAUCUACCGAGAUGUGGCUGUCAUCGGCGGCGGCUCGGCAGGCACAUACUCCGCCAUCAGUCUGAAGGACAAAGGAAAAUCGGUCAUUGUUGUCGAGAAGAAAGGCAGACUAGGUGGCCAUGCAGAGACUUACCUUGAUCCUGUGACCGGCACUCCGGUAGAUAUGGGAGUCCUGGUCUUCCACAACAUCACUGUGGUCAAGGACUACUUCAAUCGAUUUGAGAUCCCCUUGAAUAAGGCGGACGAGUUUUUGACAUCCGAGUUCUACUACGACUUUCGCACUGGAAGACCAGUCUCUCCAACAUUUACUCCAUCGGCAGAGGAUGUAUCCGCAGCUUUUGCAGCCUAUAUGGCCCAGUACUCAAAAUACCCUGGUCUGAUCAAUGGGACAAUGCUUCCGAGUCCCGUGCCCGAAGAACUGUACAUGCCGUUUGGAAAAUUCGUGGAGAAGUACGGAACCCAAGCAGCUAUCCCUUCCAUGUACUACUUCAAUCCGGGCGUCGGUGAUAUCUUGUCAAACCCGGUCAUCGAACAAUUCCGAUACUGGUCGUCGUAUAUGGUCGGGUCUGUCGCGACCGACUUUCUAGGUCCCGUCCGCCGCAAUGUCAGCGAACUUUACACCAGAGCCGAAGCAGAGCUGUCUUCCUCCUCCAGCCUUCUCCUUUCAUCUGAGGUUGUUCACGCCCACCGUGCUGAAGGUGAAUCGGCUAUUAAGCUCGUUGUCCGCACCCCAAGCGGCCCCAAGCUCAUCAUCGUCAAGAAGUUGGUUAUCGCCUUCCCCCCGAAGCUCGAUUUUCUGGCCCCGUUCGACCUCAGUGCCACUGAGAAAACCCUCUUCAGCAAGUACAUCGAUACAGGCUACUACGUCGGUCUCGUAAAAAACUCAGGCUUGCCCAAAAAUGCCAGCAUCUCCAACGCAGCCCAAUAUCAUACCGAAUUCACUUUUCCAUAUCUACCAGCAGCGUACAGCUUCGCGCCCUCAGCGAUCCCCGGUCUGCAGUUGGUCACCUACGCCACGGGCCAGACUUCCAAGUCGUUGCCUUUGUCCGAUGAGGCUGUGAAGACGAACAUUAUUAAUACCAUCAAGAGGAUCCAGAAACAGAACCCAGACAGGUUCACCACAACCGAGCCGGAAUUCGUAGUAUUCGCUUCGCAUGCCCCGUAUAACCUCCAGGUGCGUUCUGAGGAUAUCAGGGACGGGUUCUAUGAAAAGCUGUACACUUUGCAAGGUCAAAGAAAUACGCACUGGACUGGAGCUGCAUGGAAGGGUGAGGACAGCAGUUUGCUUUGGAAAUACUCAGAGGAGAUUGUGGUGCCACAGGUGAUGGAGGGGCUGUGA